AUGACUACCGGCCUCCAGUCAAUCGCCGACCUCACCGCUUCGACCCGCAUAACUACAGGCGACAUUCCGCCGCCCCUCGUAGGAGCAUCAAUGACAGUCAUCGGCACCAAAUUGUAUCUAUUCGCUGGAAGAUUAGUAUCUUCGCGCAAAAUGACAAACGAUCUGUACAUACUCGAUCUCGAAACAUUCAUAUGGACCAAGAUCGUCGAUAAUUCCGAGACAUUGCCAAAUGGACGUUACUUUCAUUCAGCAAAUAUACACAAAAAGUCUAUAGUGUUUUUUGGCGGAAUGGGCUACGCUCGUAACGGCGGCGAAGAAUUAUGCGUGUUAGACGAUGUCGUAAUAUAUAACAUUGAAACUUUUACAUGGCAUUAUCCCGAGAUUAAACCAUCACAUUCCGCCCCAAAGCCAAGAUACGCUCACCUCGCUGCCAUCACUGCCAACAAGCUUCUAGUCAUCGGCGGGCAAGAUAUGAGUAAUCAUUAUAUCGAAGAGAUUAACGUUCUGGACCUGGAUGAAAUGACCUGGACUAUAUCUCGAUCAUUCGACAAGCAUUGCGGCGCAUACAGAUCAAUAGCCGUAAGUAGCAGGAAUCAUACCGAAUUACCAGUUUUCGGUAACGACAUGGCCGAGAGCGUACCGCUAUCCCCAUACAGCAGUGAAACUGCGUCGAUAACUUCUACUCCGCCGGCUUACGCUUCUCCGAGAAAAAUGUCAGCCGGUACAUUUAAUUAUAGCGGCCCGCGACGCGGUCAACCCGCAAAUCACAUCAUUAGUCGAAUGCAAGGAAUCGAGAAUAGUUACUGUCGUCUAUCUUAUUCGACUAGCGUUACCGAUGAUAAUCCGAACCCAGUAUACAUAUACUCCAACUACAAUUUCACAGAUGUCAAAAGAGAGCUACAAGUGGUCGCUCCACCCACCACGUCCAAUUUUCAAAUUAUGGAUCAUUCGACGAGCAUGACCGGAGCGUUUCUUCCGCCCGGCUUGCGAUUUCCCACGGGAUAUAUACUCGGUCAUUAUCUAAUAAUAUCAGGCACAUAUCUCACAAAUGCUAGUCAGACGUUUAGCGUGUGGGCACUGAAUUUGGCCAAUUUGGUAUGGACACGCAUCGAUACUGGUUCAACGUUUACGCACGGAUCAUGGAACAGAGGAGUAUUGUGUGAGGUGACUAACAAAUAUAUUGUACUUGGCAAUAGAGAUAGAGCGCUGGUCGAAGAUUACAAUCAUAGACAAACCAAUUUUGAUCAUGUAGCUAUAAUUGACUUGGAAGCAUUUGGGGUAUAUCAACCACCCCCAGCAACAAUGUCACCUAGCGCUCAAGAAUUAGGUCUUGCAUUGAUUAGCGAACCCAACAUGGCUGACUAUGAGAUUGUCACUAUUGAUGGAUAUCGUAUUCCGGUCAAUUCAAUGAUGCUAAGCGCGAGGUGGCCUCAUUUCAGAGCAUUAGCUGAAGCGCAGGCUAAUCGAGUACCGGAAGUCAAAUAUGACUCUGUUUCUAAGAAAGGGGAAGAAGAGGCAACAAUAACAAUGUACAACUAUCGGGCGUUAGAAUUCCCCGAACCAUAUGCUGUCGCGAUAGCGUUUAUUCAAUAUCUAUAUACUGACAAUUUGCUGACACUUCAGCAACACCAACCAGCCAUUCUGGCUCAGUUGUUAUUAUUGGCUGAUAUGUAUGAUUUGGAGCGUCUACGUCAAUUGGCAUCGCACGCAUUACAUCAAAAUCUAAACAUGUCUACAGCCGCGCUGAUAUACGAAACGGCUGCAUUAUCGAAACAAUCGGGACUUCAGAUUAGAGCGUUGAAG